UCUUGGUGGAGGAUGAGAAUGGUCCAUCUGUAUUCUAUACAGUGCACGUAAAUAUAAUACUAUUGUUGCGGUCGACAUGGCUUAAUCACCAAUUGAUGGAUUUUACACUAAAUUACACCUUGUAAUUGUAGCAAACAACUUUAGUUUUGCUGCUAGUGUGCGAACGAAGGGAACCUGUCUCUUUCAGGACACAGGUGAUAGCAUGCCGCUCCUGCUGUAGGCCUCGUUUUAGGCCAAAUUCAUCAGGUAGCAACUUGAAGAAUCAAAAUGGUACGAGGAGAACAGGUUAACCUGAAGAAAGUCAUUCUGUUCACUACAUUCUUCUUCACGAUAUACUAUUCGGGAAAAGGAUGUCUCCUGCCGUAUCUAACACUGUAUUUCCGACAGCUUGGACUAUCUGCAACGCAGACAGGAAUGCUGUUUGGUGGGAAAGCCCUAGUCGGAUUCUGGACAGGGCCGGCAUGGGCUAGAUGCGCCAGACGUUACAAAAAGAGACGUAUAAUUCUUAUGAUAUCACUGUUUAUGGCCAUAGCAGGAAACCUUGGUUUGACAUUAAUACCGCCUGUAGAUAAAGCUCUGUCAUUGGUCUAUUGCCCAAAUGAUAAUCAUACUGAUGGUGUACACAAGGGCGGAGGUAACGGCCAUACAAAUAUUACGCAUACGUCAACUAAUCCGAGUUUAGUACAGUCAACACCAUCACCUGAAAAGGUCACUGAACCAAAUGUUAGAUUAACGUCUCCAACAUUUGGAAGUUUUUCAAAUGAAGCAACAGCCACUAGUGAACAUUCUGUCUUUGCUAAUGCUCUGCAAAAGAGUUAUGAUAGAUACAAGAAAAAACAGAAUGCGAAAGGAAAAGAGGUCAGUAUGGAAAAAUUCCUUGACUGGCUUAAAUCACAUGAUGCUGAUCUUUAUAGCGCUGUUUUGGCGCAUACUUUACCGCCAGAUUUUGGUGACAGACAGAAGAGGGAAGACAGUGCCAGUGAUGAUGCUGACACCUCCAUCAACUCUGGCACCACCAGAUGGUCUCUAAAGGGACUUCAGAACCAAAUGUUCACUUUGAAAGACCAGUUCAUGGACCUAGAGUAUCGCACAUUUAUAUUUGCACUAAGUGUUAUUCUCAUUGGUGAAUUAUUUGCUUCACCGGGGCAAGAAAUAUGCGAGGACGCUCUUUAUGAGACAUUGGAUUCCGUAGAUGAAGUGGAGAAGUACGGUUCUCAUCGAAGUUACGGAUUAUUCGGUUAUGGAUUUUUCGCAUUCAUCACUUCAAUCAUAGUUGACAAUGCAAGUUGUAUUAUAUUUCCAGAUACAAGUCGUCUUAUGAUUUAUUUUUAUUCAUUUGCGAUUUUCUUUGGAUUGGCAUUUCUCUUGGCUUUUUGCUAUCCGAUUUACACAGAUUCUAAAGUAAGAAACCGCAGUAAGUAUGUAAAGGGCCUGAAAGCAAUUUUGUCGAGUCGAUCUAAUGCAAUGUUCGUAAUCACUAUGAUUUUCGCUGGUGCCUUCCAAGCAAACAUCACAAACUUUCUGUUCUGGUUGCUGCAGGACCUUGGGGGCAGUGAGUUGCUGUUUGGUUCUGUCGUAUUUAUUAGUACAAUAUGCGAAAUACCAUUGUUGUAUCUCGGCAUAUUCCUUGCCAAGAAGAUCUCAAACAUUGGAACAGUUGCACUUGCAAUGUUUUUCUUAUCUGUUCGUUGUUUGCUGUACUCGUUUCUUCAGCACCCGUGGGCUGUUCUGCCAAUUGAACUUUCGCAUGCUUUCAGCUACGGAGCAUUGAUGGGUGCUGUGUCAUCCUUAGCCGAGCAAAUAGCGCCACCUGGAGAGGAACGUUCUGUUGAGCACAUAUUCAUGUCACUAUACUGGGGAUUUGGUUACGGCUGUGGUUGCAUGAUUGGUGGGUACCUGUAUGAUAAAGUAGGACUUGUGAUUUUGUUUCAAGGGUCAGCUGUGUUGGCAUUUAUCUGGGCAACUAUUGUCAUAGCAACCGCUAAGCUGGUCCCGCAAAAGAAGAAAACAUUACACUAUGCAAGUUUGUUGCAGGGUGGAGAUGAAGACGAUAUAAGUGACGAUUCAGAUGAAAUGUUUAGUGAUGAUUGGUUAGUAAAUGCAUUGAAUGAAAAGUAAGAUAACCAAGUGUAAGCCUUGUGUGGAUUUGAAUUUAAGAACUGAAGUCUGCUUAAAGUAUUUAUCUGGCCAAUCAUGAGCUUUUAUUUACAUUCGCAGAGUUUUUAAUAGCCAGGACUAAUUUUCUGUUUAUUUUGUAGAAAAUAUAAAUAAAAAGGAUAGUGAUGUAAGACUUCAAUCAAAUUAUGAACAAACACUGAAAACAUAACCGAAAAAAUAUGUUUUCUCUUCAGAUGAUGAUGUCAUUUUACAUUUAUAUAUGACCAUGAUUAUGUCAUAAUUAUACCCAUAUAUGGGCAAAUCACAUGUGUUUGUCACAUUAUAUUUUGGAGUGUGGUUACAGCCUUGUAAAAAUGUAUAUACAGUAUAAGGCUGUAACCACCUACACUAUACCACAUUCUGUUUCCAACCAAGAUAUUCGAAGAACAACUAAACGUAUACAUUUUGUAGAUUACCGUUGCUGUUGUGUAUCUUUUCUCUACUUCCAAAGUAGAAUCAAGGCAGUGUAGAUAAUAGGUUUAUAAUUUGAGUUAUGUGUUUUUAAAUAAUUUACAAUUGUAUUUUUCAACAGAAAUUAUUCUUAAUCAGUGGAAACCAUUUGUAGUAUAAGUUUUUCAGGUUAUAUUAUCUUUUUUUAAAUGAGUUACAUACUUCAUGACACAUGUAAACUUGACCAAAGUGCUUCUCAAUAAUGUGCAUUCCAGAUAAUUAAUUUACAAAUGAUUAAAAUUGUUCACGGUGCAAUUAUUUUAAUACCUACAGGUACACGUAGACUUUAGGAAGAAACCUUGAAUAGAAGCCCAGACUGCUUCUUUUGUCUUGCGAACUUUGGAUGGGCUUCUUUACGAGAUGGGCUUUAAGCCAAUUGUGCAAAGUACUGUAAAGAGGAGGGGGAGGGGGGCCUUCUUUUGAAAAUGAAUGCUGUAAAUUUUAGGAAUGACAGCUAUAAAACAAUAAAUAAGGCCACUGUAAUAUCAGUCUGAUUCAUGUGUAUGUGUAUGAACCAGCAUUGAAUCACUUAAACUACCGCGUAAACGUUUUAAUUUAUUUAAAUUAAUUUUAUUUAUUUAUGAAAUUCAUGUACGGUGUAUGUACUGUUCUUGAAAAGAAUGAAUGUGUCUUUGAGAUGGGUUCUUUUCAAGGCUACUUUUGCAAACUAUAGAGGGGGCUUCAAUUCAAGAUGGGCUUCUUCUCUAGAUUAAGCCCAUUGGGCUUCUAUUAGAGGUUUCAAAAUAGUUUGUGGUGAGAUUCGCAUGUUAUAGCUUCUUUAUAAUUAUGGUCAUAUGAUGAACUAUUUUGCAACACAUUAAUUUGCAAAAUAGAUGAUUGUUUUUAAAGAAAAUUAAAAUUGUUUUCCAAUUAAUAAUUUGUACUUUUUUACACAUGUAAUUGCAAUAAUUAAAGUAGGAAUCCGCUUGCUAAAAACACAAGUUUACUGUAAAAAACAAUUCCAACAUUGCAUCAUAUUUUUGUAUUUAAUACAGUAAAUUAGUACCUGUAUGUCUUCAGCUGAGCAAAGUGAUGUUUACGUGGAAAUUUUCAAUUUUACUCUGUAGAAAUUAUUAUAGAGUUAAACUUGUCUAAGUCGUUCUUAUUUUAUGUAGAAUUUUAUCUAAGUCGUCGGUAUUAUUUUACAUCUAUAAAGUGGAACAAUAUUGCAAUGGCAUUUUGCAUUCGACCUAGGCAAGUUCAACUGUAUAUCUGUAUUAUAUACUGUAAAUUACUCUAAAAAUAUUAAAAUAAUUCUAAAUAAUGUAAAAUAUUCAUAUUAAUAGUCUUUGCAAACGAUGUUACAUUCACAACACCUGGUGAACUGGUGCCAGAUACAUAUGAAUAAUGUAUUUGAUUGCUGAAUUCAUUCUCAUACAACUGUUCAUUCAUAAACAUAAACAAUGGCGGUAUUCAACUGGUAAUUCCGUGUUAAACCAUAAAAAAAUGCAAAAUAAAUCACAUACUGUACGAUGAUAUGCCACAAUUGGAUCUAACAUGGCCUAUUCCAAGUUGAUAUCAUCAGAACACAAAUUGUGAUUUUGGAUUUAGCUUCAUUUAUUUUAUGAGAUAUGUAAAUUAAUAACAUUUUUUUCCUCACUGGCAAAUUGGCUAUAUUUGUUUUUGUGGUCAUACGGGAAAAAACCUUCCAAAUUCAUUUACUCUUGUUUUCUCAUUCUCGACAGAGUCUACUUAAUCAACAAGCCAAAAAAGUGUUAAGUAAAAAAUGUACCAGAAAAAUACAGCCGUUGUGGUUUAUGUUCAUUGCAUAAGUAAAUGUGGGAUACAAUGACUGUGAUUGAAUAAUUGACUUAUAUUUUAUGUUUUCUCUUGGCAAAUUUGGUAUAAUUUUAAUUACAGAAUUUUGAUUUAUAUUAAAAGCUUUUUACUCAAAUUUGUUAAA